AUGGCUGGUGGGCAGGAAAAAUGGUAUUUCACCAAAGAACAAUUACUGAGUUCUCCAAGCAGAAAAUGCGGUUUAGAUGCAGAUAAAGAAUUGGCAUAUCGGCAGCAGGCCGCGAAUUUAAUACAGGACAUGGGCCAGAGGCUUCAAGUCUCUCAACUAUGUAUCAACACGGCGAUCGUAUACAUGCAUCGCUUCUAUGCGUUCCAUUCCUUCACACAGUUCCACAGGAACGCAAUAGCUGCAGCCGCAUUGUUUCUCGCCGCAAAGGUGGAGGAGCAGCCAAGAAAAUUAGAAUAUGUUAUAAAAGUGGCACAUGUUUGCCUCCACCGAGGUGAAAGCCUCACUGCCCUGACGCCUGAACAAUAUCAAGAACAGGCGCAGGACCUGGUAUUCAACGAGAAUGUACUUCUUCAGACCUUAGGUUUCGAUGUGGCCAUCGACCACCCGCACACGCACGUUGUACGGACGUGUCACCUUGUGAAAGCGCCUAAGGAUCUUGCCCAGACAUCUUACUUUAUGGCGUCAAACAGUCUGCAUUUGACGACAAUGUGCCUACAGUACAGACCAACGGUCGUCGCAUGUUUUUGUAUACAUUUAGCCUCAAAAUGGAGCAACUGGGCGAUACCACAGUCAAACGAGGGUCGUCAUUGGUUCUCCUACGUUGACCGGUCAGUGACCACGGACCUCUUGGAGAAACUGACCGCUGAGUUCCUACUUAUCUUCGAGAAAUGUCCUUCAAGACUUAAAAGGAAGAUGAUGAAUGUUAAAGCUGCAGACGGAAGUUCGCCGCACUCGUUGCCAAACGCGUCCGGCUCGGGCGUAGCGAACUCACCGUUUGACAAGAAGCAUCCGUCCAGCGCAGAUGAUAUUGACAAAUCCUUUGACAAAGAAUAUGAAAGAGAAAGAAGACGUCAACCGGUCCCCGGUGGCUAUGUACCUGCAACGACAGCAGCGCCACCACAGCCACAACCACAGAGAAUAGACUAUAACCUGUACAGGGAGAAAAGGGAGAGGGAAGAACGGGAGAGGCGGGAGGAGAGAGAGAGAAGGCAACAAGCCUUGCAACAACAGCAACAACAGGCCAGGCCUGGAGCCCCACAGCCCAGGCCAAAUGCUCAACAACCCCCUCCCCACCACCGACCGUCCAGCCAACACCACCACAAACAACAUCAUCCCUGGCCCCCCCACAAACCCCACCAUCAGAAACCCCCCCACGACCACAGACACCAUCGGCCUCCUAUACCGGGGCCUUCUACUUCCACAGUGACUGCCACAGCCACAACGGCGUCCUCACACCCUCCCCCCUCACAACCAGAAGUGGUUCCUCAAAGAACGCGUCCCCCUUCAUUAUUCUCGCCUGAGAAUGCGACCACACCCACCGCGGCUGCUGCGGCCGCCCCGCGCAGGCCCCAGCCACAACCACAACCCCAGGCACCCCCUGCACAUCGACCCAAACCCGAAGUGCGGCCCACGCCACCCCCCGCACCCCCUGUUUCCCAACCCCCCAUACAAACACAAGAACAGAGGCCGCCCUCUCCACACAGGAAGAGGCCAGACCCCACCACAGCCAUCAGAGAAAUGCAACCUCCCGCUAUACUCUCCCCCUUCUCCUCACCCCCCACUAAAGAGCAACUCAAACAGCCGAGGCAAAGACAACAGUCCAGCUCUUCGGAGCCAGAGCUCGUGCCAGUCGUCAAGAAAAUUGACGAGACACCCGGUUAUGAGAAUGUUAUACGGGACUCGCAGAGAGGGACGGCGAUCUCGGCGAUCAAAAAUAGGGCUCCAGAACGCAAACCUGAAGCGCCGGCCAGGCCAGUGAAUGGUAUCGAAACCGAUCCCACACUCGUGUCUAACUUACUAAAGGAAAGUCUCGCCAAGCCCGCGCCCAUUACAGUAGCGACGGAGCGCAAGUCCCCUGAAGUAAAGCGCGAGCCCCCGCCAGAGCCUCCACCCGCUCCCGCCCCGGCCCCCGCGCCACCACCACCCGUAGUCAUAGAACCUCCCCCUCAACCCGCUGAAGAACUCCCGGAACACAGACAUAAGAAAGAGAAAAAGAAAAAGGACAAACACAAACACAAAGACCGUGACAAAUCUAAGGAGGAGAGAAAGAAACAUAAAAAGGAUAAGGAGAAGCGGAAAGAGAGUCCCCCGCCCCCACCGGCGGAGACGCAGCAGGACGGAGCGCUGAGGAUAACUAUACCCAAGGAGAAGUUGUCGACGAGCCCGGGACUUAAGAUCAAGAUCCCGAAGGAGCGGCUGGCGGCGCCGCCCCCGCCGCCGGCGCAGUCGUCGAGCCUCAAGAUCAAGAUCUCGCGCGACGUGCUGGACGCGUCCCGCAAGCGCGGGCCCCCGCCGGCCGCCGGGCCUACGGCCGGGCCCCCGCACAAGAUGGCGCGCCACAACGGAGCGCCGCACAAGGUCGUCGAGCCGGCGUUGGGCAACGGUCACGUGGGCAAGUGA